CGGCUGCCAUGUCCCAAGAUGGCGGAGGCGGCGGAGCUGAAGCACAUGGUUCUGAGCUUUAGGGUGUCGGAGCUCCAAGUGCUCCUGGGCUUCGCCGGGAGGAACAAGAGCGGGAGGAAGCACGAGCUGCUGGCCAAGGCGCUGCAGCUGCUCCGCUCCGGCUGCAGCCCGGCCGUGCAGAUGAAGAUCAAGGAGCUGUACCGCCGCAGGUUCCCCAGGAAAGCCCUGGCCCCCUCCGACCUCCCCGUGCUCCACGUCCCCCCGGGGCAGCUCCCCGCGGCCGCCGCGCUGCCUCCGAGCGCCGCCUGCCCCCUGCCCUACGAGCGCGGCGCGGCGCCGCUGCCGGCGGCCCUGCUGCCCCCGCUGCCCGCGCUGGGACCCAAGCGCGAGGCGGAUGCCCCGCACCUGGCGCCGCCGGCCCACCCGGUGCACCCCGACGUGACCAUGAGGAGGCUGCCCUUCUACGACGUCUACGACGAGCUGAUAAAGCCCACCACGCUCGCAUCCACGAGCAGCCAGCGCUUCGAGGAGGCGCACUUCACCUUCGCGCUCACCCCGCAGCAGGUCCAGCAGAUCCUCUCCUCACGAGACCUCCUGCCGGGUGCCAAGUGUGAUUACACCGUCCAGGUGCAAUUAAGGUUCUGCCUGUGCGAGACCAGCUGUCCCCAGGAGGAUUACUUCCCUCCCAAUUUGUUCGUCAAGGUCAACGGCAAGCUCUGCCCCCUGCCCGGCUACCUCCCGCCCACGAAGAACGGGGCCGAGCCGAAGCGCCCGAGCCGCCCCGUCAACAUCACGCCCCUGGCGCGGCUCUCGGCCACCGUCCCCAACACGAUCGUCGUCAACUGGUCCGCGGAGUUCGGCCGGCACUACUCGCUGUCGGUGUACCUGGUGAAGCAGCUGACGUCGGUGACCCUGCUGCAGAAGCUGCGCGCAAAGGGCAUCCGCAACCCCGACCACUCGCGAGCCCUGAUCAAGGAAAAGCUGACGGCCGACCCCGACAGCGAGAUAGCCACGACCAGCUUGCGCGUCUCCCUCAUGUGCCCGCUGGGCAAGAUGAGGCUGGUGGUGCCCUGCCGAGCCACCACCUGCACCCACCUGCAGUGCUUCGACGCGGCGCUGUACCUCCAGAUGAACGAGAAGAAGCCCACCUGGACCUGCCCCGUGUGCGACAAGAAGGCCCCAUACGACAACCUGAUCAUCGACGGGUGA